GAAGCCGAGCUUAAAAUUCAGCAAUUAAACCGCUCACUUUGGGCUCGUUCGUUUCUUAACUAUUCUUUUCCAUGGCGAGGUCUCUUCUUAUCGUAAGCCUCGCCCUGCAGAACCCUUCAUUUUCACCUGUACCAGUCAACUUCCUCUUUGCUAUUCUAUCAGUUUUCUCUGUAUUUUCGAUCACGGUAUUCCUUUGUGCUUCACACAAAAACAGGGGAUUUCAAAGGCAGAAAAAUAAUGAAGAAAGCAUGUCAAGUGAAAGGAAGCUGCUGUCAAAGAUGAACAGCAACCUUGGAAGUAAAGCUCAGCUGAUGGUGAAGAUGAUUUCUUGGAGAAAACGGCAGGCAGAGGAGGAAGAAGAUUAUAACGGAAGUGAUGAAGCUGUUUGGAGGAAGACAAUUAUCAUGGGAGAACGUUGUCGUCCAUUGGAUUUUUCAGGGAAGAUUUUGUAUGAUUCUCAAGGAAAUCUUCUACCAGCCGAUUCUACUUAAGGAGAUAACAGAGUUCAAGUUAUUCCUUCGGGAAAAUGUUAGAGUUUCUUGAGAUUUAUAACAACAUUUUAUCCACCAUCGGUGUAUAGUUAUCUGAUAUUACUGACUCUGUAAAUACUGUCUUGUGGCAGAUGCGGUUCAUACAGGGUGUUGUUAUUUUGUGUUAUAUUGUUGCUGUUCUAUUUUGUAAAUCAUACUGUGCUCGCCAUAUUGAGUGGAUUGUGUUUAGUGGGAGGGCUUAAGGCAACUGCAUGAUGCAUUGCCAUUUGUGAUUAGGUCGGCCGUUGUUGGUUGGUUUGUAUUCUGGAGGUUAUGCGCAGGUCUUUUUGUUCUUUUCGACAUCAGAUUAUCAAUCAUAGUCUGGUACCAAAAUGGGCAGCAAGUGUGCAGCUAUAUUUAGUAAUGAAAUCUUGCUUCUUUUUUU